AGUCUAAUAUUAUCUUUACUAUAGAGAAACCCUCUACAGUAAAUUGGUGCCGAAACCCGGGAACGUCCGCGUAAAAAAUAAAAAAAUAAUACAAAAAACUAAAAUAAAAAAAAAUAAUAAAGAGAAUAAAAAAUGGCGCAACCAACUAGCGAAGCCGACGUGAACCGUGCCGAUAUUUACACAAAGAAAAUCAACGCCUGUGAGUUUAGAAAUGUAACGCUUCCAGCUUUUUGGAAAGAGGAACCAAAUUUAUGGUUCGUAAUUUUGGAAAAGGAAUUCGCGGCGUACAACAUUAAAUCGGAUGAUGUAAAGGUUUCAGCGGUGGUAAGGAAUUUGGAUACCACGCUGGUAAAAGAGGUAUACGACAUCUUAACAUCUCCCCCCGAGCAAUGUACGUACACACAUUUAAAAGAAGCAUUAAUACACAGACUAACUAAAUCCGACGAACAACGGCUAAGGCGAUUAUUAAUGGGUGAUAAGAUCCUAGAGAGAGAGCGUCAGCCGAAAACGGCCGCAAUUUCGGAAGAAGCGCCAAUACGAAGUGUCGCUCAAACAAUAACAAAUCGCGAGGUAGCAGAAUUGAGGCGGGAAAUCGCGCAACUAACAGAGAAGAUAGAAAAAUUGAUGCGCGGCAGAAGAAAAUACCGAAGUUUUCGCAGAAGAUCCCGAAGUCGAAGCCGAUCGUCAAGCACUCACCGAAACAAGGACGGCCUAUGUUACUAUCACUGGAAAUUCGCAGAACGAUCGUGGAAGUGCAGAUCCCCGUGCAAGUGGACAGGCCCGGAUAAAAGAAAGCAUUCGAAAAACUAGUGCAAGUGUCUCAAAUAGAGGCGGUUGACGACGCGACGAAAAACCUGCACCUCAUGGUAAAUGAUAGGAAAACAGGAGCAUGUUUUCUAAUAGACACUGGUGCAGACGUCUCAGUGAUUCCACGUACUUCGUUAAAUGAAACCAAAGACAAUACGUGUAAGUUAUAUGCGGCAAAUGGUGCAGAAAUAGAGACAUUCGGAAAAAAAACCUUUAAACUUAAAUCUUGGACUUGGUCGAGAUUUUU